AAAUUCGUUUUCGGUUACAUUUAAAUUUUUGUUUUUGUUAAAUCUUGCACAUUUUUUGAGUGGGCCGAGUGAAAGCGAAAGAUAAUGAAAUAUAUAAAACCUAAUCAUUUACUGACGCUGCUGUUAUUGGGCAGUUGGAUAUUAAUGCUGGGACUUGCUACCGCUUCAGGUGAUCAUGGUGAUCCGUUGGAAGAUGUAGACAAUGUGCCGCAUAUGCGCAGCAAACGGGGCAUCGUUUGGGAUUUCUUGCAGAAAAUGGUCAUAACAAAGAAUCUUAUUGUUGAUCAAUACACAGAUACUCGGAAUACUCUUAAUGAUAUCUACAAUACUGUGAAUGAGCAAUUUAAAGACCCGGCGCCAGCGAAACCUACAAGUCAGCCAAGGCCAACAACGGAAAAACUGAAUUCCAGUGAUGAAGACAGUAACAGUGAUCAGUCCACAACAACUACAGAGGGCUACAGUAUUUCUCGCUAUGAGUUGGGCCGUAUUCUGGGGCGGAACUUCCGCGGUAUACAACGUCUGGCCCAGACCGAGUUCAAAGAGGCCAUUAAUGCAACUCACUAUAAUCUAAGAGAAUACAAACAGGAAGCGGACAAACAGUUUGCGAACAGCUUGGGCGUUGAGAAAAAAAACAAGCUGAAAAGUCUGAAGGGCUUAGCUUAGCCAAAAGUACUUACUGGUCUGACGUUCCACAGAACGCGUUGAGUGCCCAAUUGUAUUCGUCGCAAUGUAUGACGGUCCUAGCUUUUUAAAUGAGUUACCUAUGUACAGAUGUAACGGUUGUUAUUUUUAUUAUUACUUAUUGAUGGU